AUGCCUGCGUUUAACAGGUGGCCUGAGCCCGGGGACCGCGGGCCCGCCGGGUGGCACAGCAGGGCUACACCGGCCUCGAGCCCUGGCAGGCGCGCUGGGUACCCGGGGAGGAGGGCCAGGGGGGCUUCGUCGCCGGCAGAGCCUCGGGAGUCCGGUGACCUUCCCUCCUGCUGUGGGCUCACCCAGCUCCAGGUGGCCUCUUCUCGCGUUCAGCUCAUGUUCCUGUCGGGGGACGUGCCCCAGCGUGGAGGCGAGGAUGCAGCAAAGAGCUGGCAGUUGGCAACCCUGAAGGCAUCUGACCAUGCUGGCACCCAGAACGUCUCGCUCUAUCCCCCGCAGCUGCCUGGGCGCAGGCCGCACGGGGCCUCCCGCAGCCCUGGGGGGCGGGGCCGAGGCCGGAGGUCACACCUGUGCUGCCGGCUGGGCCGGACCCCUCCGCGCCGCCCCCGCCCUGGGGUGCUCUUCUGUAUUGAAACCCGGAGCAGCUCAGGACCACGUAGCGUCGCGGGGCUCGGGGGCGCAGCUCGUCUUCACGUGAGGGUGCUUUCAUGGCAAAGCUUGAAGAAGCACAGGAUCUGCAAGUGCCUUGCUGGUGGUAGAGCUCCACGUUGGGGAGGAAGACAAAAUAUGACCAGAAGACAAAACACCUGCACCCUGCCUCUCAGCUGUUCGCAUAAUUCAGGAAAUUCCAAAGGUUUGGGCAGCUCUGAGCCAGGAAUGGGGAUGAAGACCAAAUAUACACUUCCUGUUAUGAAUUACAUCGUCACAGAUAGCCUGCAGGGUGCUUCGAUACCCUUUACCUGGGGAUUUGCAUAAUCAAUGGCUGCUUGAUCUUAGACCCCAGAGAAAGCUGCCUCCACAGAAGAAUUCGUUAGAAUUCUUUGUCAUACUGGACAAUGAAAAUUAUGUAACUUAUUGUGUUUCUUUUUUGCUUCAUUGCCAGAAAUCUUAAAACCAAAUUUCUUAGAUCUUAUAAUAUGUUCAACUCUGAUGCCAGCAAAUGCCUGCUCCUUCUGCCACCUUCAGAUGGACUCUGAGCUGUUCCUGUCCUAUACGUCAAGUCUUGUUUUGGUGUUGGAAACAGCCUACUCAGGAAGAGAGUGGGGCACAAAUUAUAAUGAAAAUCUUUUUUUUCAAUCAGCUUUAAAAAGGAUGGGAUCAAUUUACAACCAGAAUUCAGGUGUAAGACCAAAAAGCCAUGAACACAGACUAAAAGACAAGUCAAGCACUAAAGAGGAACAGCUGAUGGAUAUUACUUUUUAAUUUUUUUAAUUUUUUUUAUUUUUUUAUUUUUUUGGAUAUUACUUUUUUAAAAAAGGAAAAUCUGGGAUGCCUGGGUGGCUCAGCAGUUGA